AUGCAGUGCCGAACAUUUUGCCAUCCAGAAAAUCGAUGCUGUCCAAAUCAUCUAGGUAAUGGAGUAUUUUCUGACGAGGCACUUGGACUGAUCAGAUUGCAAGCAACACCAAGAUCUUUGAGUAUACUUGAAUGUGAAGCACUCAUAAAUCUCCUCACUGAACGUGUUAGUGCGUUAGAGAAACAGUCAUGCAUGUUUGACUUCAAUUCUCAAAAUAUGGAAGAUGAGGACUACAAAUGUUUGACUGGUCUCAAUAGGGCACAAUUCAAUACUCUUGCCGAACAUAACGAUGAUAUAAAAUCUAGGAAAAACCUUAACAAGAAAAACUGUAUUGCACUUUUUCUUGUCAAAUUAAGGGUUGAUCUCAGUCAGAAAGUUUUAGAGAUGAUGUUCGGCAUGAAACCAAAACAGCAACCUCGAGUUAGUGAGAUUUUUCAAGAUGUUUUGGUUUUAUUAACCAAUAAUUUUGUACCGCGCCAUCUUGGUUAUGGGCAUAUAACUCGAGAGGAUUACGCUCAACUACAUAGCACCACAAUUUCCAACAGACUUUGCCGUGUCCCAAGCUGA